AUGGAAAUGGUGGUCAAGGAGGAAAUCGCCGACGACAAUGCAAAGCUUCCCUGUUACAAUGGCCGUGUGAUUUGCUGGAUCGGCCUUUUAAUUCAGUCCAUUCCCGGUUCUCUUGAGUGCUGGCUCUGCUGUAUUUGUAUUUUUCAAAGAGUCUGCCAGUCAUUCCUGCUGAAGGUUCACUUCGGUCUGAUGCAGCUAAUCAAAGACUUUGGAGGAAGGCAGAAUGGCUACUCACGGGGCGGCAGAGGCAUGGAACUGGGAGGUUAUGACAUCUGUGACAGCCGUUCUUCCCUCAUGAGCAGUGAACUGGAAUCAAGCAGCUGUUUCGACUCGGAUGACGGCUCCACCAGCCGUUUCAGCAGUGUUACGGAGCAAAGCGGCUCGUCCAGGCUAAUGAGACGACACCGCCGGCGGAGACGCAGACCCAAAGCCCAGCAAAUGGAGAGGUCUUCAUCUUUCAGUAGCAUCACUGACUCCACUAUGUCGCUGAAUAUCAUCACUGUCACUUUAAAUAUGGAGAAGUAUAACUUCCUGGGCAUCAGUAUCGUCGGUCAGAGUAACGAGCGCGGUGAUGGAGGCAUCUACAUCGGCUCCAUAAUGAAGGGCGGAGCGGUGGCGGCCGAUGGGCGGAUCGAGCCCGGUGACAUGCUGCUGCAGGUGAAUGACAUCAACUUUGAGAACAUGUGCAACGAUGAUGCAGUACGAGUGCUGAGGGAGAUCGUGCAUAAGCCUGGACCCGUGUCGCUUACUGUGGCCAAAUGCUGGGACCCAAACCCAAACAGUUGCUUUGCUUUGCCAAGGAGUGAGCCCAUCCGGCCCAUUGACCCUGCAGCCUGGGUGUCCCAUACGGCAGCCAUGACGGGUGUUUAUCCUCCCUACGGCAUGAGUCCUUCAAUGAGCACGGUCACCUCCACCAGCUCUUCCAUCUCCAGCUCCAUCCCAGAAACAGAGAGAUUUGAUGACUACCACCUGUCCGUCCACAGCGACAUGGCAACAGUUGCAAAAGCAAUGGCCUGUCCAGACUCAGGACUGGAAGUUCGAGACAGAAUGUGGCUGAAGAUCACUAUAGCCAAUGCUUUUAUAGAUAAUCAAUGCUUUUCCAUAUCACUGUACAUUCUGUUUUACAUUGUGCUGUCACUCUUAUCAAAAUGGCUGUGUUUUAUUGUAGACAUGGCCCAUCUCUCUCUGCAUGACCAUGACGGAUCCAGCGGCGCGUCUGAUCAGGACACUCUCGCUCCAUUGCUUCACCCUGCUGAAGCUCCCUGGCCCGCCGCAUUCCCUUACCAGUACCCACCAGCCCAUUCCCUCCCGGAUGCAGCUCACAGCUACUCUGAAGCCGGUGGAGGCAGCGCGGGCAGCCAACACAGCGAAGGGAGCAGCGGUUCAAACUGCAGCUGGAGCAGGACUGAGGGGAAAACCCCGGCUGGAGACUUCAGGUUAGGAGGAGGAAGCGAAAUGGUCGACGCUCAUGACUUUGACUUCCGCAGAGACAGAGCCCCCAGCGAGCGCUCGGUGCCGCCCAGCGAGGGCAGCGUGCGCAGCUCACGAUCUCACAGCUACAGCCUGAAGCAGGGAUCUGCACGAGCCGGCCCGGGAUCGCCAUCCGGCCGCUUCCUCGCCAGCAUCCCCCCUGAACUCACGGGCUCACGACGCUCGUGCAACACAGCCAAUGGGGAGUUCUUCGUCGACAUCAUGUGACUGUUGCGAGCAGAAGUGCCCAAACUGUUUUUUGCCUUAUGAAUUACAAACAAAAACGUGGCGGCCUAGUGCAGCCAAUUAGAAUUAGGAUUAGUGCUGACCUAAAAUUCAGUAGCUUGUGAGCCCCAACAUCACUUAGAUCUUAGAAAUUAGUCUACUAAAGCAUAAGCAAAGAAUUCAUGCUUACAAUAACCGAUUAAGACGUUUUACUAAAUCUACAAUAUCACCUCAAAAUAUUUGGGAAAUGUGCUGUUGGAGAAAA